AUGACAUCCCCUCAUAGCCUUCCAACUUUAAAACGUGUAGCAGUCUGUGGAGGCACUCAUGGGAAUGAGAUGUCGGGAAUUUUCCUGGCCAAGCACUGGGUACAGGACCCUUCUGAGCUGCAGCGUGACACAUUCCAUGCCACUCCCUUCCUGGGCAAUCCUCAUGCAAUUGAGAAGGGCGUACGUUACAUUGAGAGGGACCUGAAUCGCACUUUCUCUGCUGAAUUCCUCAAUUUGAAGGACUCAGAUAUAGGAUCCUAUGAGGUUCAACGUGCUUGGGAGGUCAACCAGAUAUUUGGCCCCAAGGGCUCAUCUCAGGCCUAUGACUUCAUGUUUGACCUGCACAACACCACAUCAAACAUGGGCACCUGCCUUAUUGUGGACUCUGAACACUGCCUGUUGCCCAUGCACAUGUGUAACUACAUUCAGAAACAUUACACCAGGAGUUCCUGCCCCAUCUAUUUCUAUCAGCUACCAGGAGAAGAGACGUAUGGCAUCAAUUCAGUAGCCAAGGCUGGGAUAGCAUUAGAGCUGGGUCCACAGCCUCAAGGGGUACUACGAGCUGACCUCCUUGCUCAGAUGAGAUCUAUUAUGGCCUGUGCCCUGGACUUCAUUGAUCUUUUUAACAAAGGCAUGUUGUUCCCAGCCUUUGAGAUUGAUGCACACAAGGUUGUUCAACGCAUAGACUACCCCCGCUAUCCUGAUGGUGAGAUUUCUGCUGUGGUACAUCCAGAUCUUCAAGAUAAAGAUUUCCUGCCCCUGAAGCCUGGGGACCCCAUUUUCCAGACAGUCAAUGGUGAGGAUAUUUUGUACGAGGGGGCUGACACCACCUACCCAGCCUUCAUUAAUGAGGCAGCCUACUAUGAGAAGAAAGUGGCCUUUGUCCAGACGGAAAAACGCAUGUUCUCCUUGCCUGCGUUGCAAAAGAAUUUUUAAACAAGUUGAGUUUAAUCAU